AUGUCAUCAGCUCAGUCAUACACAAAGACGCGGAGCAGCCACUGGCUCUACUUGAUCCAAUGCUUAGUUAGCACACUCGGCUCUGGAGCGACAGUCUUCAGCCCGCUGCAUGAGGCUCUUGACAUUUCUGGCUUUGGGUUUUUGUUCUUCCGUAUUACGAAGGGGCGAACUGUUGUUCCAGAACUGCAACUAGAAUUUGGUCAUUCGUAUGAAAGGAAGAACCACACAGAGGAAGCUUGUCUGCGAUUUCCUGAUAACAUGUUAUUGUACACUGCCAAAAUGCUGCAGCAGAUCCUAAAGGACAUGUACAUUGACCCUGAAGUGCUGGAGGCACUGAAUGAGGAUCAGAAGAAAACUUUGUUUCUUAAAAUGCGCCAGGAGCAGGUGCGACGAUGGCAAGAGCGAGAGGACAAACUGGAAAGUGAAGGGGGAGAAUCCACCAAACAAACAAAGCCAAAAAAGGCAAACAGUAAGAGUGUGAGUUGGCUGCUUGGUCGGGAUGGAGAUGUGGCCGUGAUCGUGAUCGGAGAAGUAGACGAACUCAGCUCCAGGUUUAUCUGCUCAGGAGUAGAGAAGCGGUCCCCCCCGAGCCUCCAGAACAACUCUCACAACCGAAGCAUCCUGAUAACAACAAGAAUGGUUGCAUGCAACAGGAUAGAGACAGAUGCCACUUCUUCCACUCCAGGACUUUCCUCAAACAAGAACACAAGCACUUUACCCCCUCUGUCGGUGUCAGUGAACGAGCACUCAUCGCCUCCCGCUGCACAAAAGCUGGAGUUCAAACCCGCCGUCCAACCGGAGGAAAAGUCCAGGCUGGACACCUCUGUCUGCCCCAGGCCUUUAGUGAGGACCAAAGCUAUGACAAGAGCAGCCGCUGCCACUGCUGCACCAGGCCUGAGUCAGAGCGUGAGUCCUGGAGCACCAGGGCCCAAGUCGCUCUCUCCCACCAGCUCUGUCACAGAACCAGCACAAGCCCCACAAGCACAACCUGCUCCAGAAAAAAAAUCUCAGGAGACGCAGAUCUGCAAAGAAGUGGCUCCCUCUUGCAGGACUGUACGGUCUGCAUCGGAGGACGCCCUCUCUGACACUCCCUCGUGUGCCGGGCGUGGCAGGGUGGCACAGCUCAUGAAAGCUUUCAGCACUGAGAACCCAGCGGGAAUCCCCAAGUCGUCAGGACAGACCCCGACCAGGGGCACCAAGCCUCCUCUCCCCACCAAACCCUGCCACCUGCGCCCCGCGGCCACGCCUUCCGUGAGGUAA